AUAGGCUGAGUCACGAGGGGUUACGUGGCUGAAGUUUUGUGAAUUUGUAGCAAAUCUCCUUAGAAACUUUUAUUUUGUAGAACGUUUGAACAUUUGAUUACUAUUUUCCGGUUUUUGUUCCUUUGAUCGCAAGUGUGAUUCGUAAGACUCUGAGAAAAACAUGAUCAAGGUUGUUAUUCUUAUCGGAGGUCCAAUGAAAGGAACAAGGUUCCGUCCUCUUUCCUUGGAGUUACCUAAACCCUUAUUUCCUAUUGGAGGAUACCCAGUGGUGUACCACCAUAUAGAAGCUUGCAAAAAGAUUCCAGACCUCAAGGAAAUUAUCUUAAUAGGAUUUUACCAGUCAAGUGAAAGUUUGUCAAAGUUUAUUCAGAAUGCUCAACAAGAAUUUAAUAUUCCCAUCAGGUACCUACAAGAGUUUCAGCCACUUGGAACAGCAGGAGGAAUCUAUCACUUUAGAGAUCAGAUCGCUAUGGGUGACCCUGAGGCCUUCCUUGUCCUGAAUGCAGACAUCAUAGGAGAUUACCCUCUCACUGACUUUGUUGAAUUUCACAGAAAACAUUCAGGAGAACAUUCCAUUCUUGCAACAGAGGCCAACAAAAAGCAAGCUCACAACUUUGGUUGUUUGGUUCAAGACCCUGAGACACACAAGGUUUUGCAUUAUGUGGAAAAGCCAGAGACCUUUGUGAGUGAAAUAAUCAACUGUGGCAUUUACAUCUUCUCACCAGCUGCCUUGUUUAAACUGAUGGGGGAAAUCAUUCAAGAGAAUUAUCAAAAGAUGAGCGAAGAACCAUUUCCUGGUAAUGUGGAAUCUGUCAGAAUGGGUGAGGAUGUUCUCGCUACUUUAGCUAGUGCAGGAUCACUUUAUGCAUUCAAGUCAAGUUCAUUCUGGUCAUCCAUCAAGAAUGCUGGGUCUGCGAUUUAUGCAAAUAGAAAUGUACUCGCCAUGUAUCACAAAACUCAUCCAGAUCUUUUAGCUCAGAGUGGAAAAGGCCAGCCACAUAUUAGAGGUGAUGUUUACAUUCAUCCAAGUGCAGUUGUUCACCCAUCAGCUGUGCUUGGCCCUAACGUGUCAGUAGGAAGCAAUGUUGUAAUUGGCGCUGGAGCCCGAGUAAGAGAAACAAUUCUACUGGAUGGAGCUGAACUGAAGGAUCACUGCUGUAUUUUGUACAGUAUCAUUGGCUGGAAUUGUUCGAUAGGAAUGUGGUCACGUGUCGAGGGCAGUCGCUGCGAUCCAAACCCAAAUGAGGAGUUUGCAAGGCCUGAUGGGGAAUCCUUAUUCGGAGAGGAUGGCAAAUUGACUCCAUCAAUUACAAUACUAGGUCGAAAUGUAACAAUACCUGGAGAGGUAAUAGUCCUUAACUCGAUUGUCUUGCCGCACAAAGAUCUUGGCCAAAGUUAUAAAAAUGAAAUAAUUUUGUAGUGACCAAGAUCAUGACAAAGUUCUAGAUGAAUUUUAAAAGUGAGGUAAAGUGAGCUAAAUUAUGUGGUGUUGUCUGUACAAGUUUUUUAAAAGGAUAAUGAUGGCAAAGUAUAUUGUGUACGCCAACUAUCGUGCAGGUGAAGUCCAUCCAUUUCACAGCAUUACGUUUUGAUGAAAACCCGAAAUUCUUAUCAUUAGUAGAUUCCCAGUGAGGAAAGACGAAAACAAAAUCCGAAGUAACUCAAUAAAUUUCUAUCGUAUAAAAUUGUAAAUGUUUCAACAUUUGAGCUGGGCGAGAUUUUUGUAAUUUAGUGUCAGUAACCUUGAGAUUCGCAUAACAAGACCUACUGAACAACUUAAUAUACUUGUGUUGAUAAGCUGAUACUAUUUUAUUGUUUAAACGUGUUAGUAUUUUAAAUAAAAUUGACUUUCGGAAGGGAUUUUUUUAUAAUAUUUUUGUCCACAGGUUGAGAUAAGUUUGUUACUUACAGCGAGCUAAGUUGAGGUCGUGCUUUCCUGCUUUCAAAUUUUAAUCUAAAAUUGUUGUCAUCACCGACAUCCUUCUGUUAUAGACUCGCACCUGUGUGACUGAGAAUCGAGAAGGUUUUUGCCAAAAAAAAAAAGUACUCAGAGACACCGAAAGGGCUUGUGGGUAAUUGUGAAUAAUCCUUACGGUAUUCCACUAUUCUAUUGAGUUUCUGUGUCAGGUUCCACGAUAGCUUAGGAAUUUAAGCUUCUUUUAAUUCUGCAAAUCGCAGUAAGAUUCUUUUAACAUUACUUUCAUGGAUUUGCAUUUAUUCCUAAAUCUAUAUAUUUAAUUGAUGAAAGUAAGGAGAGAAGAAAUAUUAAUUAAAAAAAAAA